AUGACUAGAGCAAUGAAAUUAUUUAUGCGUUGCAGAAGUCUUGAAUUUCUCGCCUUAGGAUCUGCUUUUGUAGAUGAGGAAACGCGAGCUGAUGUUGGCAUUGUUGAUUUUGGUGGACUCCAAAAUCUUCGAUUUUUGGAUUUGGGCUAUUGUCACCUUACUGGUGAAAUUCCUAUAUGGUUAUCUAAGCUCAAGAAGCUAGGGAUCUUGUAUAUGGACCAUAAUAAAAUCACAGGGUCAAUUCCUAGCUGGUUGGGGACUCUCCCAAUGCUCAUUUACAUGAACUUGGGAUCCAACCUUAUUUCAGGUGAAUUUCCAAAGGCACUUUGUAGACUACCAAAGUUGGUAACUGCAUGGACUGCAGCUCGGGGGGACGAUAAUGAUCUUGAAUUGCCUAUCUAUGGAUCCCAAGGUAAAUUAUCGGUGCAAUACACAUUUUCUUUCUUUGCUCCAGAAAUCUACGUAGGAAAUAAUGCCAUUAAUGGGAGCAUACCUUUUGAGAUUGGCCAAUUGCAGCUUCUCCAUGCGUUGUAUCUUAACAACAACAACUUCUCCGGCCGCAUUCCAGAGCAGAUAUCUAACCUCAAAAACUUGGAGGAAUUGGAUCUUUCCAGAAAUCAGUUUACUGGAAAUAUCCCAUCAUCAAUUACAAGGCUCAAUUUCUUGUCAUUUUUCAAUGUUUCAUACAAUAAUCUCGCAGGAUUGAUACCAAGAGGGACUCAGCUCCAACUUUUGAAUGCUUCUGCAUUUGAAGGGAACCCAAAGCUUUGUGGUACCCCACUUCCAAAUGAGUGUCAACCAAAUAAUGGCAACGAUAAUGCAGAUAUUAAGACCAGCCAAGACAAUACAGUGGAUGAGCAUCAAAGUCAAAUUCUAUGGUUUUACACUUCCACUGUUCUUGGGUUCAUUGUAGGAUUUUGGGGAGUUUGUUGCCCUUUGGUUCUUAAUAAGAAAUGGAGAUAUGGAUAUUUCAAAUUUCUAGACAGCGCUCAAGAUAGGCUCCAAGGGAUGAUAAUUGCUCGUGUGUAUGGCAAUAGAAGGCUUAUAAAUUAG